CGCGUGCGAUAACACGCGGCAAACAUCUGCAGUGAUACCGAGUCAGAAGUGGGACAGCGUCGCGUCCAGCUGCACCAUAAUAACGCUAUAGUGUUGUAGCAUCGCAAUAUAAAACGCAUCCUGUUUCUGUCGGGAUGAUGCUCUUGUGGUUGGCAACCAUCACCUGCACAUUGUUGUUUCUUUCACCCCCUGCGGCCGCCUACCCUGCCGACUCUGAAAAGGGCAGAAGGAAGGUGGUUCACGUAAUGGAGGAUGAUACAGGUGCGGUGAUAGUCCAGACUGCUCCAGGUAAGGUGGUCACUCAUCGCGGGGGCACUAUCACCCUUCCCUGCCGCUUCCACCAUGAACCGGAGAACGUGGAUCCUUACCGCAUUCGCAUCAAGUGGACGAAGGUUUCCGAUGCGCUCCAGUUUGAGGAUGUGUUUGUAGCGCUGGGCCGUCAGCAGAAGGCGUUUGGUUCUUACCUCGGCCGUGCGUCUCUGGAGCAGGCAGGGCCAGGAGACGCCUCGGUUAUAAUUCACAACAUCACCUUACAAGACUAUGGCCGCUAUGAGUGUGAGGUCACCAAUGACAUGGAAGAUGACACGGGAUUUGUCAACCUGGACCUUGAAGGUGUAGUAUUUCCCUACUACCCCCCAUCUGGACGCUACAAGCUAAACUACCACCAGGCAGAAGAAGUGUGCAAAGAGCAAGAUGCUAUUCUGGCCUCCCACGGGCAGCUGCACAAAGCCUGGCUGGAGGGACUGGAUUGGUGCAAUGCCGGCUGGUUAGAGGACGGCUCGGUUCAGUACCCCAUCUCCCAUCCUCGAGACGAAUGCGGACGGAAGGACAGCCCACCUGGAGUGCGCAACUACGGAUACAGGCACAAAGACGACGAGCGCUACGAUGCUUUUUGCUUCACCUCGAACCUCAAUGGACGUGUUUACUUCCUAAAGCGGUUUAAGAAGGUAAACUACCUCGAAGCAGUUAAAGCCUGUCAGCGUGAUGGUGCAACGAUAGCUAAAGUGGGGCAACUGUAUGCUGCUUGGAAAAUCCAACUCUUGGAUCGUUGCGAGGCAGGAUGGGUGGAAGACGGUAGCGUACGGUACCCCAUCGUCAACCCCCGAACCCGCUGCGGAGGACCAGAACCUGGCGUCCGAAACCUCGGCUUUCCUGACAAGAAGUUUCGUCUUUAUGGGGUGUACUGCUUUCGUAGAAACAACGUUGACGAACCAACACAGGCUCCCAGUAUAACAUCAGUCACUACAACUAACAGCACCAGAAGUAUCUGAGUAUAGAAAGACGCUAACGUUAGCAGCUAGCGUCACGGCUUCCAUGAUUAGCCAAAAAUAACUGACAGACAAAAAAGCUUUUAUGCGCACCUGCUUGGCUCCUAGCGCUGAACGUGGGCAUAAUUAUUUACGUCUCUUGCUUUAAUUGAGAUGUCAUUUUUCUCUAAAUUAAGAACGUUAGCCAGUUUCCCAAUAUCAUGAAACUGAUUAGCUUUAUUGUUUUAGCAAAACCGUGGAGCACAAAACCAGUCAAGGGUCAAUUUGAAAUUGAGUUUGUACAUGAUCUGAAAGCUGAAUAAAUAAGCCUUUUCACUUUGUUAGGAUAGGACAAUAUUUGGCCGAUAUAUCAUUUGAAAAUUUGGAAUCUGAGGGUGCAAAAAAAUUGCCUUUAACUCAUUCCCCGCCAGCCAUUUUUUGAAAAGUUGCCCGCCAGCAAGUUACACAAAAUGCCUUCCAGGAAAAUUUUCUUCUAAAAAUAUAUAAACAUACAAAUAUAUCAAAUAUUAGAACAGACCCUCUGCUUUCAAACAAACAAACAAACAAACAAAA